CCACUGCGUACGCAUAAACACACUCUUUUCAAUUCGAGUAAUUCACGCAGUGAGCUAUAACAAACCCUGGUAGCAUUCUUGUUUUACGAUAUCGCUCAUGGACACCUCAACCCCCACAGCCACACAUGGCAUGUCCAUCAAUGUCUACGGACGUGGAGACGCCACUCUCGGUGACGGUCCAUCUCACAUGGGGAUUGCAGUAUAUGAGUUUGGCUCCCCAACCUGCAAAAUGCAUCACAUUCGUAACCCAAACGACACGGACUUCAUCUACGACCCACGCACCCAACCACUCGAAGAUCCGGUAUUAAGAGGCCGCUGUGAGAUUGCCACUUUCUCCAACGACUCAAAAGAGCGUGUGAUCCGUCUCCUUACAGACUUUGGAAACGACGAAUCCAACAUUCCUGAAUUCGGGAUUGGCAACUGUCAGGACUGGGUGGCUGCGGCGGCUUUGAUGUUGGAACAGGCCGGCCUCCUGAAGCAGGGUGAAGGGGCUUUCUGGAGAGGCAUGGUCAACUCAAGUGCCGACGAGAUGCGAGAUAGUUGUCUUCGGACCGGGCGAACCUGGGUAGCUGGCCCUGAGUCGACAUUCGAAGGCGAGCCCGAUGCACGAUUCAACGACAAGACUACAGUUCAGGUCGGAAAGCUGGCGCAGAACCCGAUGUUUCAGGCCCGAAUGCAGUCGCUACUGGGUAAUCGACAGGGCCAGCAGUCCAGCUCUCAGGAAACAUCCGAGCGCCCGUUUUAUAUUUCCAGUCCAUUCUUCAGCCGUGCAAAUGUGGAUGGCUGAGAUAAUGGAUAGUCCCGACAAACAGCUGUGCAUGGACAGUGAAUUGGAGGGGAUGGUUCUGGAAGGUUCCCAGUCAUAUUUGUUGUAGAUAGAAAUUUAUCAUGUAUGAGUAUAAAGCGAUAAAGGCAAGCACGGUAGGAUUCAAAUAGAAGAUCUCAGGAGAAA